UCAAAUCCAUUUCUUCAUUUGGAUACUUAUCGAAAGGGGGGGAAACCCUAAAGGCUUGAAUUGUUGCAAAUUAAUCAGAUAAUAUUCUCUUGUUUCUAAUUGGUGCUAAUGGCGUCCUCUGAUUCAACUCCUUCCGCUACCAUCUCUGCUCCUCUGUCUCUUAAGAAGGAGAACAUCACUCAAGCGGGUUCAAAAAUUGCAGAAUUGAACGAAUCGAGGGCUGAGCUGCUCAGUAGAAUUCAAGGGCUGAAACAGGAUCUGCAAAAUUGGAGAUCAAAACUGGACACCCAAGUUAAAGUUUACCGCGAUGAGCUGACAGACCUGAAGAAAACACUUAAUGUUGAAGUGGAGCAACUCCGCACAGAAUUUCAAGAACUGAGGAGCACCCUCCAUCAACAACAUGAAGACGUCACUGCUAGCUUGAGAAAUUUGGGGCUGCAGGAUGUCUCCAAAGGUGUUAAAGAUGCUGAAGAAGCCAAGUUUGAAGGAAAGGAUGAGGAAGUGCAAACUCCACCACCCAUGAAGGAAAAUGGCAAGGAAGUGGAGAACUAGAUUGGUUAUUAUAGAAAUGACCAUAUUUUGUUUUCCACCAUGCUUAAGUUGU